AGGCCAUCUUGUAAUAUAUCGGAUAGUACCGUUGGAAACAAAGAGGCAUUGGUUUCAGAAGAAUAGGAAAUAGUGCGGAGCUUAAUGCAGUAAAUGAACAUCCAAUGAAGGCUUUUGGAUGGGCAAGCAGAGAACAAUCUGGGACACUUUCUCCAUUCAAGUUCUCCAGAAGGGCUACUGGCAUUAAAGACGUGACUUUCAAGGUGUUGUUUUGCGGAAUCUGUCAUACAGAUCUUCAUAUGGUUAAAAAUGAGUGGGGAUCAUCUAAAUAUCCUCUUGUUCCAGGCCAUGAGAUUGUGGGUAUAGUAACAAAAGUUGGUAAAAAGGUUCAGAAAUGCAAAGUUGGGGACAAAGUAGGCGUUGGAUGUAUGGUUGGAUCAUGCCGUACAUGUGCUGAUUGUAAGAACAAUCUUGAGAAUUACUGCCCUAAAAUGAUUCUCACUUAUGGUUCAACUUAUUUGGAUGGAUCCACGACUUAUGGAGGUUACUCUGAUACUAUGGUUGUCGACGAGCACUUUGUAAUUCGCUGGCCUGAAAAUUUGCCUCUUGAUUGUGGUGCUCCUCUUCUAUGUGCGGGUAUCACAACUUACAGCCCCCUGAAACAUUUUGGACUCAGUAAGCCUGGAAUACAUAUUGGUGUUGUUGGUUUAGGUGGUUUAGGCCAUGUAGCUGUGAAAUUUGCAAAGGCUUUUGGCGCUAAAGUGACGGUGAUCAGUACCUCCCCUAGCAAACAGAAAGAAGCCAUUGAGAAUCUGGGUGCUGAUUCCUUUUUAGUUAGUCGUGAUGCAGAAGAGAUGAAGGCCGCAAAGGGGACAAUGGAUGGGAUUCUUGAUACUGUUUCUGCUGUACAUCCAUUGUUGCCAUUGCUUGAGCUGUUGAAAAGUCAUGGGAAGCUUGUAUUAGUUGGUGUACCUGCCACACCUCUUGAGUUACCAGCGUAUCCUCUGAUUUCAGGAAGGAAGAUAGUGGCUGGAAGCAGUAUUGGAGGCUUGAAAGAGACGCAGGAAAUGAUUGACUUUGCAGCAAAGCACAAGAUAACCGCGAAAGUUGAGGUCAUUCCUAUGGAUUAUGUGAACACAGCAAUGGAGCGGCUGGCAAAAGGCGACGUUAACUAUCGUUUUGUAAUUGAUGUCGGGAACACUCUGAAAGCAAACAGUCCAGAUUCCUGAUAUUAUCGUUAAUCGGGCUCCAAGUGAUCCUAUGUAGUCUUAUAACUGUUCUGCUUCUGGUGGUCUGUUAUUCAUGUCUACAUUGUAAUAAAUUGAACUAUUAUAGCAAGUACAUCAAUAAAUUUAUUAAGCCACACUACUUCAUGCUUUACUACA